GGCGGAAGGCGCCCUCCCCGCCGCUGGGCCCGGGCACCGGGCGCCGGGCCGGGGUCCUUCCCGCCGGAGGCGAGCGCCGACUGCUUUGUUUGCCCCCGCCUUGGCGUUGAGAGGGGCUCGUGCUGGGCGCUGCGCCGGGAACGCGGCGGCAGGAAGCACGACCGAUUGCACCGGGGACGCGCGGGGACCCAGGAGUCCGGCCGCGGCGAGGGCCGCGUGACGAUACCGAGGAGAGAACCGGAGAGCGACCGCGGGCUCCCGGUGCUGGGUCCGGGACGCCAGUGAGCACAGACCUCCCCGUCGACGGGGGGCGAUGUUCCCCUGGCCCGCGGGCUCUUCGGGCCGCCGGGGUAUCCCGCCGUUGGGACCAGGGCCCCCGCACUGGGCGACCCCCAAGGCUGCUCCAUGGAGACUCUGUGUCCUCCUCCCCGCCUGGCAGUACCCGCCUCCCCGAGGGGGUCUCCCUGCUCGCCUACGCCCCGGAAGCCGCGUCGGGGGACCCCAGAGUUCUCCCCACUAUGCCUGCGUGCCCUCGCCUUCUGCGCCCUUGCCAAACCCCGGCCGUCCUCCCUGGGCCUGGGGCCUGGAGAGCUGGCGCCGCGGACCCCGGUGCUGCUGGGCUCCCGGGCCUCGCCAUGCACAGGCGGCUGGGCCGCGGACGGCCUGAAGCACCUCGGGGCACAGGCCGGGCGGCCGAGCGACGUGAGCUCCGCGACCCGCGAGGAUGCAGACGUCGCGGUGUGCCCCGACCGUGGAGAGGAGGAAGAGGGCGGAGGCGGCUUCCCGCACUUCGGCUCUGGUUCCUGCACACCUCCGGGCCGCUGCCCUGCUGGUCCUCGGGAAUCUCCGACCAGCCCCGCCCGGUCCCCGCCCAGGCCAGCUAGGGGUCUGGAGUCCCAGCUUGAUGCAGCUAGCAGUCCGCCCCUUGGGUCCAGCUCCCGGCCUCCGUCACCACCUGCGGGCCUCUCCCCGGAGCCUGCGCCUACAGAGCAGCCUAUGCGGGACUCCGAGGCUCCAGAGGGUGGAGACCCUGCGCGGGUCGCGCCUGAGGCACCCGCGCUCAGCCCCUCGACGGCAGACGCAACGCCGGACGCGCCCGGCGAUCUCCGCCAGGAACAUUUCAAUCGUCUGAUCCGCCGUUCGAAACUUUGGUGUUACGCGAAAGGGUUCGCCCUGGACACUCCAAGUUUGCGCCGAGGUCCCGAACGGCCGGCAGCCAAAGCUCGGGGAGCAGCCAAGAAACGCCGGCGGCCAGCGCCGCCCCCGCGCAGUGUACAGCCACGGCGACCGGCCCCGACGCUUCCCACCUCGAGCACCUUCCACCUCCUCGACUGCUUUCCCUGUCCCCCAGCCCUGGUGGUGGAAGAGAACGGAGACUUAGGGCCGGCUUCCUCGCUUCGCCUCCAGGGAGACGCAAAGCCGCCGCCUGCCCACCCGCUGUGGAAGUGGCAGAUGGGAGGACCCGCUGUCCCUGAGCCCCCGGGCCUCAAAUCCUGGUGGGUCAACUUGGAAGAACUCUGA